ACCCUAACCCUAAAACCCCUAAGCGCAUUCACGCAAGGCGCAGCUCCUGAUGUUUACCUCAACGUUCCUGAACUCCAUGUCGGCCGCAUCGAACUCGUCGUCGACAAACUUAGUGCCGACCUCAAUUUGAACGCCAAAGUCGCAAAUCUAGUUCAGUUGAAUGCCGGCGUGCAGGUUGCGGUUGAAAAAGUCAAUAUCACUAUUGCAGAGGUGGACGCGGAGGUUGAAUUGGUGGUCCGACUUGGCCAUCUUGUUGAUAUUGUCGGUCGCGUCUUUGAUUCUCUGGACUUGAAUCCUCUUCUCAUCUCGACCAUCGGCAAUGCAACAUCUCUAGUCGGCAAUGUGGUUACCGAUGUCGUAGGCGCAGUAGACGGGCUCCUCGGCUCCAUCACCCAAGGCGGCAAGACCCUCAACUUCGUCGUUGACAAUCUCGGAAACAUCGUCCAGAAGGUUGGCGGUGUGAGCACUAUUGUCGGCGACUAUACAAAGAACAUGACGCAGACUGGUGCAAGCAAGAGUGUUGGUCAGGGAUUGACUCAAAAGGAAUAUUCGUAUUCGCCGUUGAAUGCCCUGGUGGAUAUCGUCUUCAACUCCGCUGGCCAAGUUGUUCAGGCUGUUGUGCAGAAGAAGAAUGGUGGAAGCAGUGGAAGUAGCAGCAGCGGCAGUGGGUCA